AUGGAGGUAACUUUCUUUCAAGCUUAUAUUGACGACAUGGAUUUUGUGUUCAUGGACAGCCCUAUGUUCCACAAUAUUGAGAAAAAUGUAUAUGGGGGAGGCCGAGGGGAUAUUUUAAAAUGCAUGGUUCUCUUCUGUAAGGCUGCUCUUGAGGUUCUCUUCUGUAAGUAUACCCGGUGCGUUCCUGUGAUCCACAACAUAGCACACCGGGGUCGUGGUCCAGUACRCGRHUUUCGUUAUGUGGAUCUUCCACAAAACUACUUCAAACUACAUGACCCAGGAGGUGGGGAACACUUCAAUGUCCUUGCAGCUGGCCUGAGAGCAGUAGAUCGUGUAGUCAUCGUAAGCCAUGGUUACGCCUGGGAGCUGAAAACUAAAGAAGGUGGCUGGGGUCUGCAUCAAAUAAUAAAUGAGUGUGAUUGGAAGCUAAAGGGCAUCGUGAAUGGGAUUGAUGCAAACGAAGGGAACCCACAGUUAGAUGUUUACCUGGCAUCGGAUGGCUACACCAAUUACUCUAUGGAGACUCUUCAGACUGGCAAGCCUCAAUGCAAAGCAGCUCUACAAAGGGAGCUUGGUCUUCCUCUUCGGGAGAAUGUUCCUCUGAUUGGGUUCAUUGGCAGGCUUGACCAUCAGAAAGGUGUUGAUCUCAUUGUUGAGUCCAUUCCUUCGAUGGGGGACCAGGAUGUGCAACUAGUCAUGUUGGGCACUAGGAGACCUGACCUGAAACAGCUUCUCAGACAUUUUGAGAGUCAACACCAUGACAAAGUCAGGGGUUGGGUUGGCUUCUCUGUGAAAAUGGCUCAUCGAAUAACUGCUGGUGCAGACAUCCUACACAUAACUUCUAGAUUUGAGCCAUGUGGACUGAACCAGCUUUAUGCACUAAGCUACGGGGCAGUCCCUGUUGUUCAUGCUCUUGGUGGACUGAGAGAUAGUGUGCAGCCGUUUGAUCCACUGGCAGAGUUCCAAACCACGUAUCCGGAAUUUGAGCUUGAAGACAAGCUCGUUGUCUAG